AUGUUAGGAGCCACUCUUCUAGAGCAGUGCUCCUGUUAACUGUGCACAACAUGAACAGAUACCACAUCACGAAUAUUGAUGUUACUGAACGUGCAUGCGACAGUAUACUAAUUGUCGGAAACCUACACAGUCUAGAAAUGGUCGUCACUGCAUCUACACUGGUGGUACUCAUCGUUGCCUCCAGUACUUUAUGCGCACCAACGGUCGAGCAGUCCCUGACCAAUAUAGAACAGUCCGUUGCGUAUCUGAGAAAGGUUCUUCUAAGCGGUAAGACAUAGAUGAGCGUAUACUAUUAUCUAUAUUCAUCCGGGGGUUCGACGAGUGACUGUAGGAUACGACUGAAAUACGAGAAAAACUUCUUGUGACCUUCAAGGCCGGCCCAGAGACUGCGCAGAUAUCUAUAUCUCUGGCCAGAACCGCAGUGGUGUCUUCAACAUCUUUCCUUACGAAGGUUCAACGCUAUCUGUUGCAACUUACUGCGAUAUGGAAUCAGACGGAGGCGGUUGGACGGUUUUUCAACGGCGCGGACAGUUUGGAAAUCCAGUGUACGACUUCUAUCGAGAUUGGGAGGCAUACAAAAAUGGUUUCGGGGACCCAGCGAAAGAAUUCUGGCUAGGAAAUCAGCUGAUCCACAUCAUGACAUCUAACAAGGCAACGUCACUCCGUAUCGUACUCACGAAUCGCACGGGAGAGACUCUCACAGCGUACUACGCUCUCUUCAAAAUUGCUGGUGAAGAUGAGCAGUACGAGCUCACAGUCAGCGGGUACACGGGAGACACAGGUUAUGAUGCAUUCAGUGGGGAAAACGGAGCCAGCUUCAGCACGUUUGACAGGGACAACGACAUGGACCCUGACAGCAACUGUGCCGUUACAUACAGGGGGGCCUGGUGGUACAAGCGCUGUCACCUGGCAAACCUAAAUGGCCUCAAUCUCAACGGGGCCCACACGAGCUACGCCGACGGCAUCGAAUGGUCAAUCAGAGACGGCAUAGAAGACCUCUAUCAUUAUUCCUACCCGCAGGUAGAAAUGAAGAUGAGAGAUGCGAGCUUUGGAACUUUUGCUGCUAGAACUGCAUGAACAUAAAAAAAAAGACACCUCACUGUAUCGGCAUGCGCUUCAUUACUUUUUUAUGAAUAAAUUCUAGAUAACUCAG